AUCGACUCCGCAUUCUCUUCAGAGGCGUAUGACUUUUCUUUCGUUUGCGUUUCGAAGUGGAUGCAUUCUGCCUUGAUUCCUAAUUCCUUGAGACACGGUCAUCAAGGCCAGGCGCGAAAAAGUUGAGCCCUGGUUGGAAAUAUUUAAAGAUUCAGCGAAUUUGUAAACAAAUCCAUUAUGGCGGACGAGUUGCAACUCUGUGAAAUCGAUUAAAAUUUUUCGUUUCUCCCCUUGUUUUAGGGUAGUUUUUGCUUUUAUAUCUUGUUAUGGAACUACCCAAACAACUGGACGAAAUUGAUGAAGAACUCAAGCAAAUUGAGACACAAAUCAAAAGUUUGCUGGAAAGGCAGCAAUUUCUCCAGUCUCAAAAGGACUUGAUUCAAUCCCAAAUUUGCAGUCAGCUUGUCCCACAGGAACCUGGUGGUUCAAAGAAAAAGGAAAGUAGUAUAGAAUGGUCAGCAAAGAACUUCGCUUGGUCAGAAAAUGUGGAAGCUGCUCGCAAGGAUAUUUUUAAGAUCCAAUCUUUCCGUCCUCUACAAUUGUAAUGCAUAAACGCAACAAUGUCGGGUUCGGAUUGUAUUUUGAUAAUGCCCACCGGUGGAGGGAAAAGCUUAUGCUUUCAGUUGCCAGCUGUGAUUUCAAAGGGGAUCACUCUGGUUAUUUCGCCGCUGAUUUCGUUAAUGGAGGAUCAGCUUAUGGCUCUAAAGGAACUGAACAUUGACAGUACGUUUCUGAACGCUACGUGCUCUAAAGAGGAGGUUAACGCGGUGCACCACGCCAUGGUCGAUAAGAAAUCCGGUUUGAAGUUAUUGUAUGUAACACCAGAAAAGAUUGCUAAAAGCAAGAGGUUCAUGGCUAAGCUAGAGAAAACACAUGAAGGUAGCAGACUAUCACGAAUUGUAAUUGAUGAAGUUCAUUGCACUAGUCAGUGGGGCCAUGACUUCCGUCCUGACUAUAAAAUCCUUGGAAUUCUGAAGCGUCAGUUCCCUGGGGUUCCAAUUCUGGGUCUCACAGCAACUGCAACAUCAAGAGUUGUUGAUGAUGUGAAGAAGAUUCUUGGCCUUCAGCACAACUGUGUAUUCUUCAAAGCCUCUUUCAACAGACCCAACCUAUUCUAUAAGGUGCUGCAUAAACCCUCGAAGCAUGAUGAGUGUAUGGAUGAGAUUAAGAAGCUACUGACACAGACAUUUCCAGGGCAAUCAGGUAUUGUGUAUUGUUUCUCCCGAAAGGACUCAGUAACCAUAGCCUCAAGUCUGAAGUCGCGUGGUAUAAAGGCAGCAUGUUACCAUGGUGAUCUUGACAGCCAGUCUCGUAGUCAAGUGCACAGGGCGUGGACAAGCAAUGCGAUACAAGUUGUGGUAGCUACAGUAGCUUUUGGAAUGGGAAUUGAUAAGCCUGAUGUCCGGUUUGUUAUACAUCACUCCCUUAGCAAAUCCAUGGAGAACUUUUAUCAAGAAAGCGGACGGGCAGGGAGGGAUGACAGAGAGUCUCACUGUAUUUUGUUCUAUCGUCCCUUUGACGUGUUCCAACAAAGCACAAUGGUCUUCACGGAGCAAACAGGUUUGGAGAAUCUCUAUGGAAUGUUGGCUUACUGUCAAGAACAAAAAGUUUGCAGGCGCUCUCUUAUUGGACGUCAUUUCGGCGAGUCCUGGAACCCAGUUGAUUGCCACGAAAUGUGCGACAACUGUAAAAAGACUGGGGACCAAACAGACGGGUCAUAUUCAUUUGAAGCCCGCGACAUUACAAACCACUGUCAAGAUAUUCUCAAAAUUCUCCAGCAAGCAGUUUCUCUUUCGGAACGUGUCACUCCUGUAAAACUCGUAGACGCCUGGAACGGGAAAGGACAGGCGAGUCUGCGCGUGCGGGAAGUCAAGUCCCCGGAUCUUUCGCGAGAAGACUGUGAACGAGUGAUAGUUCAUUUGCUGCUGGAGGGCGUGUUGCGAGAAGAUUUUCAUUUCACCCCAUAUUCAACUAUUAGCUACGUGCUACCUGGAUCCAAGGCGAGAGUCGUGCAAUCAGGAGCCAAAAGGAUAUUCAUGAACCUCAGGACGAAUUCUUGUCAGAAAAAGAUUAGGAAGAAGUCGCGCAAGCGUACACUGAAUUCCUCAGAUCUGGAUGGAAAGAAUAGCACAGUUGGUGAGAAAAAUGCGACUGAUCCUCCUGACGUUAAGAGUAUCACAAAGACAAUCCACAAUUCAUCGAACAUCAUAGAUUACUGCAAUGGUAAUGACUUUGCCAGGAGUGUUAAACGCACAAAGCUUUCCUCACGAGCUCGCCUGGUUGAGUCAGGUGAUGACGAUGAAAUCAUUUGUCUGGAUUAAGAUCGUGACAGGUUAUUCCAGUAUUCCACCAUCCCCAAGUCUUCUGUCGCAACAGGUCCCAGACGAAAUUGAAUGACUGUUCUCUGUCAAGGUUACACCUAAUCCCUCAGUUGCAAGGGACUUAUCUCAUUUUAUCGGGUCAAUGCGUCGGUACGUCCUCUCGUUCAAAAUUGAAUCCAUCAGUGAUAACAACG